AUGGACGCGGGAGGCGUGUCCCAAAUAUGCCUCGCGUCGUGGCGGCGACCGGGAAAGACGAUUUUCUCGAACGAGGACGUAGCACAGUACACACGGGCCUAUCCCACGCGGAUCUUCGGGCUCGCGUCAGUCGACCUCUUGGACCCAGUCGGCGCCGUCAAGGAGUUGGAGCACUAUAUCGUCAAAGAAGGCUUCAAAGGCCUACGCAUUGUUCCCUGGUUGUGGAACCUCGCCCCGACAGAUGCGCACUAUUGGCCACUGUACAUCAAGUGCAUCGAGCUCGACGUCCCCUUCUGCACGCAGGUCGGGCACACGGGGCCCCUGUGCCCCAGCGAGACCGGGCGGCCGAUCCCGUACAUCGACGCCAUCGCGCUGAAAUUCCCACAACUGAAGAUCGUGUGUGGGCAUAUUGGAUACCCGUGGACCGCGGAGAUGGUUGCUGUAGCUUGGAAGCAUGAGAAUGUGUAUAUCGAUACCAGCGCGUAUUUGCCGAAGUAUUACCCGCCCGAGCUGGUUACGUUUGUGAACACGACGGGCAGGAAGAAGGUGCUGUUUGGGACAAAUUUUCCGCAAUUGGGCUGGAAGGCUUGUGUGGAGAGCGUUGAGCGUGAUUUGAUUGAUGGGAGGGUGAAGGCCGAGGGACAGCUGAGGCGGAACGUUCUCGAGGAUUUCAUGGGCGGGAAUGCGAAGAGAGUGUUUAAAUUGGAGGAUCCGAAAGCCCCUUCGUCGCCACGGGCGUCGCUCUGA